UUUUCUAGGAGAGCUCAGUCGGUGUCGUCCCUAGCAAGAGCUUGAACAAGAGCAUCAUGACCACCAUCUUCGACGGCUACGAUGAAGAGUAUCGCACGCUGACCAGCGACAUCUCCAAAAAACUUAGCGAGAUUGCAUCGUACGAGGACCAGAAAGACAAAAAGAAGGCGAGCAUCGUGCAUGUAGGAGACUUGCUGACACAAGCCACACAACUGAUUCAGCAGAUGGAGCUGGAGGUGCGGAGUUUGGACGCAGCCACCCGUCGUGAACUCUCGAAGAAGGUGGACCAGUACAAGAAGAGUUUGGCUUCACUAUCGGCGGAUCACAAGAAAAUCCGCGAGAAAGAGGAGCGCGAAGGACUCUUUGGCGACCGCGAUGGCAAUGCGGCUUCGGUGGAGCAUCGGGGUCGCAUGGCAGCAGCUACCAACAAGAUGAAAGGCACCACAGACAAGCUGGCUGCUGCACGAAAAGAAAUCGCUGACACGGAAGAAGUUGCACUUGCAAUUGGCGAGGAACUUGGUCGAAAUCGCGAGAAGAUCGAAGCUACACACGCAAAAGUCAAAGGCGUGAAUGAGAUGGCUCGUCGUGGAGGAAACAUCGUCGGCCGCAUGUCAACACGAGACAAACGCCAACGAAUGGCUCUGUCGAUUGCUGCAGGGUUCAUCAUCAUCGCUAUUUUACUGCUGAUUUACUUUGGCAUUUUCAAGAGGAAGUAG